AUGAAUAUUAAAGCGGCGCUUGCCAUUGGCAUGGUUUUUGUGGGAUGUUGCUCCAACGUGGUGUUUUUGGAGCUGGUUGUGAAAGAGGAUCCCGGUGCUGGUAAUUUGGCGACUUUCCUUCAAUUCCUGUUUAUAGCCGCCGGCGGGUUUUGUACUGUUGGUAAAUUCGGUACAGCCAAGAGGCACAUACCAUUCAAGAAGUAUCUAUUGCUGGUCGGAUUCUUCUGGACGAGUAGCGUAGCUAAUAAUUAUGCAUUCGAUUUCAAUAUAUCGAUGCCACUUCACAUGAUAUUCCGGGCUGGCUCGCUCAUGGCAAACAUGGCGAUGGGUGUUUGGAUAUUAAAGAAGCAGUAUCCAGCGCUGAAGUACUUAGCUAUCUUCAUGAUAUCAGCGGGUAUAGCUAUAUGUACGAUACAAUCGAGUGGCGAGGUGAAGGCGCCGCGGGAGACACACGAAGACGCGGCUGAGGAAGAAAAGUUAAAGUUCAUUGACUGGCUGUGGUGGUGUCUGGGAAUAGGGAUUUUAACGUUCGCGUUGUUUAUAUCAGCUCGUAUGGGAAUAUUCCAGGAGUCACUAUACUCUAAGUAUGGAAAGCAUCCUUGGGAAGCGUUGUACUAUGCUCAUUUGUUACCUUUAGUUAUAUGGUUGCCGACCGCGCCGAACUUGAUAAGCCAUAUCAAACUGGCCAUGGAUACUCCGCUAGUCGAUUUUCUAGGAUUCUCAUUACCAAGACAAGUUCUAUGGCUGAUUUUAUAUGUCAUGACUCAAGGGCUGUGCAUCAGCGCGGUUUACGUUUUGACUACGGAAUGCGCGUCCCUAGUCGUAACUUUAACGGUCACGUUACGUAAAUUUGUUUCCCUGAUCUUCUCUAUACUGUACUUCAGGAAUCCAUUCACGUUCGGACAUUGGAUCGGCACACUGCUAGUUUUUAUAGGAACAAUGAUUUUCACUGAACUAUUGCAGAAGUUCGUAUACCUCUUUAUACCUAAAGAUAAAAAGAAGGUGCAGUAG